AUGGUGAACAAAAGAAAGCACAACUUGGUUUCUACUGAUGUUGGAUCAACAUCCAGGAGUCCAAAGAGAAAAGGUAUCUGCAAAAAUUAUGUACAUGCUGGUCCAGCUUACCUUGAAACCCUUGGCCAGACACACGGUGGCUGGAUUUUUGGUGCAAUUGCUGAAAUUGUUGACAACUCCAAGGAUGCCAGAGCAACCAAAUUGGAUGUUUCAGUUGAGUAUCACCAUUCAGAUAUACAUGGGGAAAAGAUUCCUAUGUUAGCACUAAUUGAUGAUGGACAUGGAAUGUCACAUGAUGAAUUGCUUGUCAUGCUCUCUCUUGGAAACAAAAAGUUCCAUGAAGAUGAUAGAGAGCGAAUUGAAAGGACGUCUGAGUACAAUUUAGUCAUUAUGAGCAAGUUUUCACCAUUUAAUGAAUACUUCAUUGGUGGAAAGUUUGCACUGUUUGGUGAAAAUGGGCAGGGGAGACUGGGGACGCAAGUUUAUAUCUGGAACUUAGAAAAGAGUGGCUCAGAUUUUAGUUUGGAAUGGCACAGAAGUAAUAAUGGCGACGAUAUAGUGAUUCGUUCAAGAAGAACAAGACAGCGUCCUGGUCAAUUAGCCCAAAAGGUGCCUUUGGAUUAUUCACUUCGGGCAUACCUUGAAGUUAUCUUCCUAGACCCACGCAUGAAGAUAUUCAUUCAAGGUUCAUUGGUUAAAAGUCGACUAGUGGCGAAAUCUUUGGAUAAAACCAAGAUCAUUGAUGGUUAUAUACUGGGGAAACCUGUUCAUCUUAUCCUUGGCCAUUGCAAGCAAGAAUGGGAACGGAUGAAUAGCGGGAUAUUUCUGUAUUGGCAUGGCCGAUUAAUUGAGGCUUACAAGAGAGUUGGAGGCAUGGUUCAGCAUCCAGAGAACAGCCGCGGUGUAAUCGGAGUUGUAGAUGUGACUGAUCGUGUCAGCGACCGUGAUAUGGUAAACAAUACCAAGCAAACAUUCCAAGAAUGGGAAUCAUAUGCGGAGUUGGAGGAUUGGUUAGGUGGCAUGUUAGAUAAGUACUGCAACGAAAAUUCUGAAGCUUCUGAAGGUGGCUCCAGUGCAGGAAGGAACACUACAAGUACUAGCAAUGUGGGUCCAAAACUACCUGCUGUAGAGAAAGCCCCAAGAUGUUCAAGAAGGUGGUCUACUAGUACCGUGAGGACGCAAGGAUCUAAAGAUGACUCCAGUUGA